AUGGCUCUAACACUUUUUUCAGAGGACAAUGACUGGGACCUCUCAGUCGAUGGAAGUGGAAGUUUUGAAGACCCCGCAAACCCGGCUGCAACACCUAUGAUACUGCAUAUGGCUUUUAAGCUGCAUGCAAACAGUGCAACCUGGGAGUUCUGGAAAACAGCCAUACCUCAAUACGCCUUGGUCUCAAUGUAUCCAGGAUUUAUGUAUAGCCCCAAUAUUGUGCAGACAUCUCCGGCAGGAAUUAUGAGAGGGUCUAACUCGGGUCUAUGGGGAUUUGUCAUGGCAAGCACCCCGACUAGGCUUUUGGCGGCAGUGCAUAUUCAGGAUUUGAUCGAAGCGCAUAUCAGAGCGCUAGACCCGAAGAUUGUAGAUGUCUCAAAGUACCUACUAGUUAAAGAAAGCACUACAGUGCCAAAGAUUUCGCGGUUUGUUAAAAAGCAUUACCCAGAUGCUGGAUCAGUCAUUACCGAGGAUGCGCAAGGUGUAUUGGACCGAACCAAUGCAACGAAGGCGGAGACAGAACCUGAAAUAAAUGAAAUGGUGCCCAUUCGAGGACAGGGUGCAGGGUGUGAUGGACUAGCAGCUUGGCUUUCUCAGGAAUGCGUCGGGCAAGAGUUGAAUAACAGCGUCUAA